AUGCGCACCGUCGCGACGGUACUGUUAUUGGUAGCUGCCAUACUCUCUGUAUCGGGCCAGCAAUACCAGCAACCGGGUGCCAACUACGUGGACGAGUAUUCGGCGUACGAGUCCCCGAGACCGGCCCAUCCGACCCCCCGAAGUUACCCCGUUGAUUCCGCGCCUAACAGGCAAUCGGCCGGCCCCACCACCCCCAAACCAACCCCUGUCGCCAUCUUGAAACAGAUCAACAGGCACAACGAGGACGGGUCGUACACGUACGGGUUCGAGGGGGCGGAUGGCUCGUUCAAGAUCGAGACGAAACUACCCACGGGCGAGGUGAAGGGUAAAUACGGUUUCGUGGACGACACCGGGAAAGUGCGGGUGGUCGAGUACGGGGCGAAUCAAUACGGUUUCCAACCGGCCGGCGAGGGUAUCACGGUCGCGCCACCGACCCUGGUCGACGAGACGACCAGCAAAGAGCCACUCCAGCCGCACACCUAUCAAGAGGAGCAGUACCAACAACCACCCCCACCGAGGCAACCACCUGUCAGAGCGCCUGCGCCCCGCCCCGCGCCCCUUCAGCAACAACAGAUUCAAUACGAGCAACCGGCCUACCAACACCCAACCCAGUCCCACACCCAGGCUGUCUACUCGCCGCCGUUGCCGCCCAGACAGUCGAGCGGAGUCCCGAAACCGCCGAUCUUCACGCCCGCGCCCCAGUCCCCCAUCGCCAAGCAGAACCCACUCCUUCAACAGGAGGAAGCGGCCCCACCGUCCCAACUGUACAACCAAGGACCGGCUCAAUUCGGCCCCGCGCCCGUCCAAGAGCACCGCUCCCAACCGCAACCGCGCAGCCAGAGCGGCGGUAUCCUCGACCAGCUGGCCAGGGAUUACGCCCUUCCCCAAGGCGUCGCGCCACCCUUGCACGACAUCAGUUUCGGUUAUUACUAG